AAUUUUCGGUUCUGGAUUCAAUAAUAAUAAUCGAAAGUGAUCAAAACGUAGACGACGACGAUAGUUACGAAGACGAAAAUAGUGAUACAAACAAAAUUGAAUCAAAAGUUUUUUUCGAAAAUAAUAUCACUAUUGACGUGGAAAGAGAAAAUAUUGAAACAUCUGAAGCGUUAUUAUUAUCAUCGUACAAGGAUAAAACUGUGAAGCAAGAAAAAAACCAACAGCCGCAUCAAAAAAACGCAUCAACAACACAAUCAUCCCGAUCAUCGAAAAAACAAUCGACAACGGCUUGUUUAUUGGCCGCAUUUCGUGCCAUUAGACGUAGUCAGAAUAAUAGUAUUGGUAGCUGUAGUCGUUGUUUAUCAUUAUUAUCAACAAUAGGUAGUAUGUCGGCCGAAGUAUCAUCAUUUUCAAAACGUGCAGCAGCUGAAUUAUCACGUUGUUUUAAUGGUCUUUCUGUUUCAUCAUCAUCCGCAUCAUCUUCGUCGACAACAUCAUCAAAUACAACAACAUCCGUUAUUGGUCGAACUAAAUCAACAACAACAACAUUGAAAGAACAACAACAACAAAAUGCAGCUAAUAAUAAUAACAAUAAUCCACAACAACAACAAAUGGGAACAACACAAACAUUAAAUUCCGUUUCCACAUCCGCAUCAUCUACUUUAGCAUCAUCAUCAUCAUCAUCAUCGUCAACCGGUGUGAAUAGCGGAUGUUCAGAUGAACAGCAAAAAGUAUCAACAUCAUCAUCAUCAACAUCAACAUUUGGUGCCCGUUCAGCUAUCGGUGGUGCUUUUCGUGUAUUUAAAAAUAAUAGUGAAAAAAUAUUAUUAUCACCAUUGAAAAGUAGUAAAUCUUCAGGUAGUAGCAGUAGUCAGGUAUCUACUGAUAAUGUUGAUGCUACUACAAAUCCAAUGACGUUAUUACAUCAGCAACAACAACAGAAUCAAACAUUAAUGACAUCCGGUACAUCGAUGGCUAUUAAAUCAACGACAACAUCUACUGCCGCAUCAUCAUCAUCAUCAUCAUCGGCCAACAUUCCACAACAACAACAAAGACGUUUAUCACGUAAUGGACCACCACCGAAAGCACCACCAAAAACACAACGAGCACGAUUGAAAAAUUAUCUUUUAAAUCUACGUAAACCGAUAACAUUAUCGGAAUUAUUUUUAAAUGUUGAAUUUUUACGUGAACAUUUUUUUCCAAAAUGUUAUCAUCAUUUAUCAUUAUCAUCAUCAUCAUCAUCAUCAACAACAACUACAACAUUAUCAUUGUCGAAUGAUUCGAUAGCCGAAUUUUGUCGUUUUUCACAGGUCUGUAAAACCUGGUGUCAUAUUAUUUAUAUGGAUAAAAAUUAUUGGCAAGAUUUAAUAUUUACAAUACAUUAUGGUGAAUUAAGACAAAUGGAAAAAUUACAAAAUGAACAACAACAACAACAACAACAGAUUACCAAUAUUGAUGAUGAUACAAUAAUGAUGGAACAAAGUGCCAAAUUAUUUAAAUAUUCGCCACCAUUACCA